AGAUAACUAUAUAUUCAGCUGUGGUCGUUCGUCGCCCAUAUGGGAUGUAAGUGAAGGCGCCAAAACUACCGAAGAACGGGAACGCACCAUGAGUCUUGCACAUCCCAAGAAAGCCCACCCUCGAUAUCAACCCGAAAAACCUUGCAUAUGGCCCGUAUCAGGUGCUGCAAGAAAAGCAUCUCCUAGCCCUCGUGUAGAACUGCUUGCGCGUCCCAAGACACGUUCUGAGGGACUCCACAGGGAACCCACGUGGGCUGUGCCGCCGUCAGCGAUGAGGACUGUUGCUUCUGCGAGAGUACAAGAGCUUGCAAAGGCCAAACAGACAGCUGAAGGCUACGAGCAUUGUAAGGAGCUAGAUGAGCCUAUACCUAGGAGCGUUCUGCGCGCAAGUGCAACAGAAAGAAUAAAAUCGUUAUCAAGACCGAUUGUUAGAGAAACCAUGGAUCAUGUACAGUUUAAUCCAGAUGCUUUCAAAGUGAGUCCAGCUGCGCUGAAGGGUCGUAUGCCUGAUAGAAUAGCAGAGCUUGCUCAAACAAUAUCUCGAAGAUAAUGGACAUGCUCUGUGGUGCUGCAAAAUAUAGGAUUUUAAUUAUUUAUUGUGCAAAAUAGUUACCAUCGUUUCUUGAAACGAAAGAUUGUAACUGUCUAAUAACUAUCUUCCAUCAACUUGAUAAACAGGCAAGGGCGGAUACAGGAAAGUUGUUUAGGACUCUCGCCUGUAGGAUGUUACAUUUAGCAUGGACCUAGGGAAAUAAUUUUUUAUUUGCUGUCUUUCCAAAAGUUUGAAUUUUCAAGCUGAUUAAUGCACCAAAAUAAUUUUGUCAUGGCAAAGAAUGUCUAUGAGAAAGAAAGAUUGGAGGGGGACGAAAUAAAGGUAUAACGAAUGAGUUGCAGAACAACACAUUAUCAAUUUAAAGUUUUUAAAUACUCCAGAUCUUAAAGAAAUUCUAGAACAUUCAAGGAAGUGAAGAAAAAUCAAGGAAAGAAUGGCAAGAUAAUAUUUUCACAUAAUACUUUAUGGAAUAUUGACUAAAGUACAAUGAUACUUCUAUUUUUUAAUGCUUUUAUAUUUUCAUUAUGAUGUUCAAGUUAAACCUGUCACAUCCUUUACAGAUAUCAAAAUGUGUGAAUUGUUAAUUAUAUUUUAAAAGAAAAAAAUUGGAAUACGAUAACAAAAAUAUUUGCUUCUAAAUUUAAUUUCAUAAUAUCAUGU